AUGAAGUCCCAGCCACUGGCGCAGCAGAGGAGGGCGGCAGAGCAGGCUCCCUGGCACUCGUCCCCACCAGAACGAAGGUGCAGGCCAGAGGACCCUGAGCGGCCGCCCCCGCCCUCCCCUGCCGCUGCAGUCCCAGGCGCGGCCUGGAGCGAGUCCUGUGGGUCGUCGUGGAAAGGUUGGGUGACAGGCUCUGGGGACAGCUGGACAGUGGAGCCACAGAUGGCCGCAGAAGGAGGCUCUGGGGGCUACUUUGGGGGUCACUCAGAGGUGAGGCUCCUGGAACCUCUGAGGGGAGGCGAGGAAGGAAGGGGGGCUUUCUCUGUGGUCCGCCGCUGCGUCAAGCUCUGCACCGGCCACGAAUAUGCUGCCAAGAUCAUCAACACCAAGAAGCUGUCAGCCAGAGAUCACCAGAAGCUGGAGAGAGAGGCCCGGAUCUGCCGCCUGCUGAAGCACUCCAACAUCGUGCGCCUGCACGACAGCAUCUCCGAGGAGGGCUUCCACUACCUGGUCUUCGAUCUGGUCACUGGAGGGGAGCUGUUUGAAGAUAUUGUGGCACGAGAAUACUACAGCGAGGCCGACGCCAGUCAUUGCAUCCAGCAGAUCCUGGAGGCCGUACUCCACUGUCACCAAAUGGGGGUCGUCCACAGAGACCUCAAGCCCGAGAACCUGCUCCUGGCCAGCAAAUGCAAAGGCGCCGCGGUGAAGCUGGCGGACUUCGGGCUGGCCAUUGAGGUGCAGGGGGACCAGCAGGCGUGGUUUGGCUUCGCAGGCACGCCGGGCUACCUGUCCCCUGAGGUGCUCCGCAAGGAGGCGUACGGCAAGCCCGUGGACAUCUGGGCGUGCGGAGUGAUCCUGUACAUCCUGCUGGUGGGCUACCCGCCCUUCUGGGACGAGGACCAGCACAAGCUUUACCAGCAGAUCAAGGCCGGAGCCUAUGAUUUCCCGUCCCCCGAGUGGGACACGGUCACUCCCGAAGCCAAAAACCUCAUCAACCAGAUGCUGACAAUCAACCCCGCCAAGCGCAUCACGGCCCACGAGGCCCUGAAGCACCCAUGGGUCUGUCAACGCUCCACCGUGGCCUCCAUGAUGCACAGGCAGGAGACUGUGGAGUGUCUGAAGAAGUUCAACGCCAGGAGGAAGCUCAAGGGUGCCAUCCUCACCACCAUGCUGGCCACACGGAAUUUCUCAGUGGGCAGACAGACCACCGCUCCAGCCACAAUGUCCACCGCGGCCUCCGGCACCACCAUGGGGCUGGUGGAACAAGCCAAGAGUCUGCUCAACAAGAAGGCGGACGGCGUCAAGCCCCAGACAAACAGCACCAAAAACAGUUCGGCCAUCACCAGCCCCAAAGGGACGCUCCCUCCUGCCGCGCUGGAGCCUCAAACCACCGUUAUCCAUAACCCAGUGGACGGGAUUAAGGAGUCAUCGGAUAGUACCAACACGACCAUGGAGGACGAGGACGCCAAAGCCCCCAGGAUCUCUGACAUCCUGAGCUCCGUGAGAAGGGGCUCGGGAACCCCAGAAGCCGAGGGCCCCCUCUCUGCGGGGCCCCCACCCUGCCUGUCUCCGGGUCUCCUAGGCCCCCUGCCCGCCCCGUCCCCCAGGAUAUCUGACAUCCUCAACUCAGUGAGGAGGGGCUCAGGGACCCCCGAAGCCGAGGGCCCCCCACCAGUGGGACCCCCGCCCUGCCCAUCUCCGACUCUCCCCGGGCCCCUGCCCGCCCCGUCCCGGAAGCAGGAGAUCAUCAAGACCACGGAGCAGCUCAUCGAGGCUGUCAACAACGGCGACUUCGAGGCCUACGCGAAAAUCUGUGACCCCGGCCUCACCUCCUUUGAGCCCGAAGCUUUGGGCAACUUGGUCGAAGGCAUGGACUUCCACAGAUUCUACUUCGAGAACCUGCUGGCCAAGAACAGCAAGCCGAUCCACACGACCAUCCUGAACCCCCACGUGCACGUCAUCGGUGAGGAUGCGGCCUGCAUCGCCUACAUCCGCCUCACGCAGUACAUCGACGGCCAGGGCCGGCCCCGCACCAGCCAGUCUGAGGAGACGCGGGUGUGGCACCGCCGCGAGGGCAAGUGGCAGAACGUGCAUUUCCACUGCUCGGGUGCACCUGUGGCCCCGCUGCAGUGAGAGCGGCGCCUGGUCUCGCCGGACAGAGUCAGUGUCUGCAGCCGGGCCUCCUCGGCCAUGGCCUGCCUGUCGCAUGUUUGUGUCGCCUGGUCCCCUCCCCCGGUGCCUGUGUCUGCAGAAAAACAAGACCAGAUGUGAUUUGUUUUUUUAAAAAAAAAA